AUGGAGGAGGAGGCCUCGUGCCGCGCAGUGCCCGGCCUGUCCAGGGCUAUGUCCAGGCGCGGGGUCUGGGGGCUCCUCGUCCUUGGUCUGGUGGCCUUGGUUUCUUGCUUGAUCUACUUCCACUGCGACCAUCGCUGCGCAGGACAGCCUUGCUCUCUGCAGACUGGGAGCGACAUGGCUGAGCUGCAGCUGAAUCUCACAGGUCCCAGGCAGGACCCCCGGCUGCGCUGGCAGGCUGGCCCAUCCUUGGGCCGCUCUUUCCUGCACGGACCAGCACUAGAUGACGGACAAUUGCGUGUCCUCCAUGAUGGCAUCUACCGCCUGCACAUCCAGCAUCACGCUGCUGCGCCGGGACUUUGGCCAGGGUUGCUGUGUGGCCGCCCAGCGCCUGACGAGGCUGGCCUCCGGGGACAUCCUCUGCACCAACCUCACCCUGCAGGCGCAGCCCUCCCCAAAUGCCUACGAGACCUUCUUUGGCAUCCAUGCUUCCUGCUGGUGAAGAUCCGGAGACCCUGA